UGGCCCAUCAGGUCAGACCAUCCUCCCUGGACCAGUUCUUCAAAUACAAUGAGAUUUUCUCUAUUAUUUGCUGCAGUGAUUCAGUGACAAACUUCACCACCAGCCAAGCAACAGAAUGAGGCCGCAGAUGGUGGACCUAAGGAAUGGGAGCACAGUGACAGAGUUUAUCCUCGUGGGCUUCGAGCAGAGCUCCUCUUCCACUCGGGCAUUGCUCUUUGCCCUCUUCCUAGCCCUCUACAGCCUUGCCAUGGCCAUGAAUGGCCUCAUCAUCUUCAUCACCUGGACAGACCCCAGACUCAACAGCCCCAUGUACUUCUUCCUUGGCCAUCUGUCCUUCCUGGAUGUCUGCUUCAUCACCACCACCAUCCCACAGAUGCUAAUCCACCUGGUGGUCAAGAACCACACUGUCUCCUUUGUCUCUUGCUUGACCCAGAUGUACCUGGUCUUCUGUGUGGGUGUAGCCGAGUGCAUCCUCUUGGCUUUUAUGGCCUAUGACCGUUACGUUGCUAUCUGCCACCCACUCAGUUACGCCCAGAUCAUGAGCCGGCAGGUCUGUGUAAAGCUGGUGAGUACUGCCUGGUUCUUUGGGCUGAUCAAUGGCAUCUUUCUUGAGUAUAUGUCAUUCCGGAAUCCCUUCUGCAGAGACAACCACAUAGAAAACUUCUUCUGUGAGGCCCCCAUAGUGAUUGCCCUCUCUUGUGGAGAUCCCCAGUUUAGCCUGAAAAUGAUCUUUGCCGAUGCCAUCGUGGUGCUGCUCAGCCCCAUGGUGCUCAUUGUUAUCUCCUACGCCCGCAUCCUGGCCUCCAUCCUUGGCAGAACCACUUCCUCAGGUCGGGGCAAGACCUUCUCUACUUGUGCCUCCCAUCUGACUGUGGUCAUCUUUUUCUAUACCUCAGCCAUGUUCUCUUACAUGAAUCCUCGCAGCACACACGGCCCUGACAAAGACAAGCCUUUCUCCCUUCUCUACACCAUCAUCACCCCCAUGUGCAACCCCAUCAUCUAUAGUUUUCGAAACAAGGAAAUGAAGGGGGCCAUGGUGAGGGCCCUUGGGAGGACCAGCCUGGCCCAGGCAGAAUCUAUCUAGUGGGAAGACUCCUGGAAGAGAGGUCUCC